UUUAAUUUAUAUCGCCAACCAGGUGAACAUGAAAACGCUGACAUAACAGAAGAUUUAGUUUACCUGUGAUAAGUAAUCUGUGGUAAGGGUAUAUUGAAUGUAAACAGUAUCAAUCAAACGAUUGCAAAUACCAGUAUCAAUCAAGAGUUUCCAAAUACCCCCGCAAAUGGCUGAGUCUGCGAUAAAGAAACGUAAAUCUCGCCGGUCAAAACAUUGCGAACAGAGGGAAUUAAAGCGUAAAGAAAAACUCGAAGAGUUACAAAAUGUAUUGAAUGAACUAUUUCCAGAAAGCAUGACAAGAUUUGAAAAGAACGGACCAGGAGACGAACAAUUGAUGAAUGCAGUAACCAUGGAAAAAUAUAAAGAGAUGGAAGACAUUUUAUCGAGCCAGACCAUGGCAUGUUCUCAGGAAGCUCUGGACAGAUCACUGCUGAUCGCAGCCGACAGUGGUCAAAAACUUACACUGGUUCUGCUGCUCAAGAAUAAAGCCAAUCCUAAUUGUAGAGAUAUUAACGGAAACACGCCGCUCAUACUAUGCGCCCAGAAUGGCUUCCUUGAAAUGGUCAGAAUUUUGAUCAACAAUGGGGCAAGCGUGAAUGAACAAAAUAACGUUGGAGACACAGCUUUGAUUUUAUCCAUUAGAAAGUCUGGCUCUUCAGAAAUGGCUCGAUUACUUUGUAAUUCUGUUAAUGUCAAUAUACAAAAUAAGGAUGGAUACACUGCUCUAAUGAAGGCUAUUGAGAGUGUUGACCCUGAUACGAUUAAAAUUUUAAUCAUUAACGGUGCCAAUACAUCGGACACUAGAGAAGGGAAGUCCAUCACAGAAAUGGCCGAGCAAAAAGGAGUUUUGAAAAUUUUAAAGGCAUUUUCUGAAUGUAAAACUCCACAACAACCUUCAAUUCUAUCUGCAGUAGAAAGUAGAGACAUUUCUGUUCUUGAGACUUUUCUUACUUUUGAUAAAAACUGUAUCAAAAUGAAAAGUUCGAAAGGAAAAUCUGCACUGGAAAUUUUAUUAGAUAUAGUUCUAUCUGAAAAUAAGGGCCUCUCGUCUGCUGAUAAAGAGAUUUGUAAACUUUUAAUAGUCCAUGGUGUGGAGGUAAACGUCAAAAAAAUAAAAGGAAUCAUGAACAAAUCUGUUAGCCCUUUAGCCAAAGCGGUUCAAAUUGGUGAUCUUGAUCUAGUGAGGUGGCUUUGUUUAAAAAAAGCAAAUAUUAAUGAAUCAAAUUUCUAUGAAACAAUGACACCUUUAAUGAUGGCUGCCAAAGAAGGUUUCGUAGAAAUUACCUGUUUUUUACUCUCCAAACAAGCAAAUGUUGAAGUCAAGGGUAGAGAAGGAACAGCGUUAGACAUAGCUGUCAAAUACAAAAAAAUGGAAUGCGCCAAAAUUCUUCUAGAAGAAAAAGUCAAAAGAGGAUUAGAAGAUGCCUGCAAGGCAGCUAUAGAGUACAAGGAAGUCUGCUUAAUGGAACAUCUUCAUGACAAAUUUACUCUUGACAUUAAAGACGCCAAACUCCUAGAGUGGACUAUAGAGUCAGACAGCAAAGACAUUUUGACUUUUCUCAUAUCAAAAGGGGCAGAUGUCAACUCAAAAAUUGUAAAACAAAGUUACUAUUCAUCCAGUCGACAACCAAGUUUUGUCUACCCUUUGCACUUAAGUGUCGCUAAAGAAAAUCUCGACCUGAUAAAGUUACUGAUUGAAUCAGGGGCUGACAUCGAUAUUGUAGAUUCAAACGGAGACACGCCUCUUUUUUAUGCAUGUUCAAAAAAAAAUGUAGAGAUAUUAAAAUAUUUGUUAACGACUGGCGCUGAAAUCAAUACAACAAACGAUUUCGGGAAAACCCCGAUUUUUGUUACGGUGGAGCUAAAUCAGGUACUGCAUUUUAAAAUGCUACUGAAAUGGGGAGCUGAUGUAAGUGUGUGCGAUAAGGAAGGCAACUCUCUAAUUUGUCAAGCAAUAAAAUGUCGUUGCGCAGAUAUAGUCUCCCUCUUAUUAGACCUGGGCGUAGAUACUCAUGAUAUAACAAAGGAUGGUGACUCUGCGUUAACACUCCUGUUUAAAACCCUGAAGACACACUAUUAUUUUGAAAAGGAAAAGUUCGACAAGAUUUUACGUCACAUGCUACAAGAAUCUGUUGACGUGAAUAGACAGGACGUCAAAAGAAACACAGCGCUGAUGAUUGCCUGCAAACUUGACACUCAUUGGCCAGAAGCGGUGAAUCUUCUAUUACAGAAAGGUGCCAAUGUCAACAUGGUGAACGAUCGAAACGAAUCAGCUCUGUCAGUUACCUUGACUAAACGCAACUUUGACCUUACAAAAGUUCUUUUGGAAAAUAAGGCGACCUUUCAUUUACCUUCUCAUUGUCAAGAGGCAGUACACUUGUUCAUUUCCGAGAAUCGCCCAGAGCUUCUCCCACUAGCCUUAGGUCAAGGUGUUUAUCCUUUCCUUGUCAUACCUAAUUACUCUAGUGAACAUAUAUUUAGUUGUAGCUACAGAUACAGCAGAAAUGACCUCACGCCCUUGUCAAUGGCCCUGAUUGACCAACGUUUUUCUGUUGUUACAUUUUUAAUUCAAACUCGUUUUCUGACGAAACAUGACGUCACAGAUAUUUUAAGCAAGCCCUUUUUUCAGAACACAUUACUUCAAAGAGAAAAACAAGAACUCUUGGACAACCUUCUCUCUCUGAAGACUCUCAGUUUUGUCCGAGUUUCUGAUUUACUUGACGCUACCCCGGACAGAGAACAGAAAGUCAACCAACUGCCAAUCCCAAACAAAAUCAAAGAUCAGCUCUUGUUUCGUAACUUAAACGUCAAGAUGGAGACAUCCUAAGUGGAGAGAUAGCAACUAUACAUGACGCUAUGUCACUUGGACAUUAAAAUACACGUUUACAUUUUACUCUGAUUAAUAUUUAAUCAUAACUAUUCUGUAGAAUGUUGAAAAUUACCAAGAGAAGAAAUGUAUCCAGCCAAAUGGCAUGAUUUGCGUUCGUCUACUUUCCUAUGAAAUAAACAAAUGACAAGCCGCGAGAUAAACAUUAGACAGAAGGUAAAUAAUUACAAUAAAUUAAAACAAAGAAAAAGAGGUUAUCAAAAUCAACGAGACUUUUUUUUACCUUUACCUUUACCUAUCCCUUUAGUCUGUUGGAUCGUUGGGGCACCAAGCAAGACUCGUCAACUGUCUUUCUCCAUUCCUCCCUGUUCAUUGCCUUUGUUAGAACCUCUUUCAAUGGCAUGUCCGUCCAUUCUUUAAUGUUGUCUUCCCGUUGCUUUCUCUGUCUGUCUCUUCUUCUUUUUCCUGGUACUGUUCCCUGUAUGAAGGUCCUUGCGAGCCCCGAAGAUCUUGUACUAUUUUUGACCCUCCAACUUACGCUUACACACAAUUGGAUAUUUAAUAGAUUUCGGUUUUCAUUCUCAGGCAUGUCAUUUGAAUGUUGAUAUUUACUUCACAAUGUCAGGAAUUGAAGCUGAUAUACAAAAUAUAUAUUGUAUGGUUGUAAAAAUGCAGCGUUUCUGUAUAAUUUGUCAUCUUUUAUCAUUGCAAGAGUUUAUAGCGAAUUUUGCUUUUUAAAAAUUUCAUUGAUUUAUCUUUGUUUUCUUUUUAUUUACUUAAUUAUUUAUUUGUCUUUUUUCUCUCUCUGUAGCUAUUUAUAUUUAAUGUUAAUUAAGUUAUGCUAUCAUUAAGUCGUAUAUAAAUCAUAGUCAAGGAUUAAGAAUACUAUAGCACCACGUAUAUAGUUUUCAUUUCAUUUUCUUUGCUAGAUGAAAGUGUUUAUCUUAAAAGAAUGAAAGCAUAUGUUAUAGCAUAUACAAAACAGUUUAAAUGUGUGCAUUAGCAUCAUUAUAAAAAUGUUCACUUUGAAGUUUUUUAAAAAUAAAUAUGUGUCUUGUAAGUUGUACAUGUCUAUAAUCGUCUACUGACCCCCUUACUUUAGCCUACAUUAUCUUUGUGAACAGCGCUUUUGAAAUGUAUUUAUUUUUAUAUUAUUUUAUUAUUAUUACUAAUAAAUACGUUUGUCCUUCUAGUGUUUUGCUAUAUUAAAGAACGGCGCCAGAGGUAAGAGUGUCGACAUAGAUUUUAUAGCCAUUAUCAACAGUUAUUCUGUACCAUGUCUUUCCAUGUUGUGUAAUUUAUCAACCCUAACCUUAUUUAUGAGAUAGAACAAUGGUUCUCAAACUGUUUUCCGCUGACCCCCCCCCC